CCGGAAAUAGGAAUCUCUCUGUGCAUGAGGUUGGCGGGCAGUUAGUUGGAUGUGUGUGUUGGGUGUAUUAUUUUAAAUUUUGCAACCGAACUGGUGAACACAAGUUGUUCGCCAACUAGCUCAGCGCCACGCGGAAUCUUUUCACUUGGUCGAGGUAACAAAUUCACUUUAGAAUACUUUAUUUCGCACUUGGCUAGCAGUUAGCUUGCAUGCUAAAUAAUACGGCUUCAAUGCUAACCGGCGUUGUACCAACUUGCUAACAUUGGCUCGCACUGACCCCCCAACACGUUAAAGAUAAAAGUCGGCGGUGGUUGACCAGCCAUGCCGUCCACCGCUGGACCCAGCAGCCCCGCCGCUGCACUCGCCGAGGCGCUGGAGAACUCUGCCCGGCUGAUUGACAGACACCUCCAAGAGGACCGGUGCUUCCCUGACCUGUCAGAGCUGCUCGGUGUCCCUGCACACAAUAUGCCGUCCCUCUCUGGAGUCUCAGACAUGGACUACCCCCUCCAGGGACCUGGUUUACUAAGCGUGCCAACCCUCCCUGAGGUCAGCGCGGUCCGCAGAGUCCCUCUUCCACCUGAGCUGGUGGAGCAGUUCAGCCAUAUGCAGUUUAACUGCAUGAUGGGAGUUUUUCCUGAGAUCUCUCGUGCCUGGCUUACAAUUGAUAAUGACAUCUUCAUGUGGAAUUACGAAGAUGGAGGAGACGUGGCCUAUUUUGAUGGCCUGAUUGAAACUAUCCUGGCAGUGGGCCUAGUAAAACCAAAACAAGGGAUUUUGCAGCCACACAUUCACUACCUUUUGGUAUUGGCCACGUCUGUGGACGUAGUGAUCCUUGGGCUCAGUUUCCCCAAAAGCCAAGCUGGUCUGAAUGACAGCAUGUCUGGUGGGAUGCAGCUGCUUCCAGACCCCUUGUUCUCCAUCCCCACUGACAACACCUACAUCCUGUCCAUCACCUCCACUGACCUGGGACGGAUAUUCAUGGCAGGAAAGGAUGGCUGCCUUUACGAGAUAGCUUACCAGGCAGAGGCAGGCUGGCUGAGCCAACGCUGCAGAAAAAUCAACCACUCCAAAAGCUCUCUGUCCUUCCUCGUCCCCUCUGUGCUCCAGUUCUCCUUCUCUGAAGACGAUCCCAUUGUACAGAUUGCGAUUGAUAACUCUCGCAACACGCUCUUCACACGCUCUGAGAAAGGUGUUCUGCAGGUGUAUGACCUGGGUGCUGAUGGACAGGGUAUGAGUCGUGUGGCGACGAUGUCACAGAAUUCCAUAGUUGCAGCUGCUGGAAACAUUGCAAGGACAAUAGACCGUUCUGUCUUCAAACCCAUCGUCCAGAUCUCUGUGAUUGACAGAUCAGAGUCUUCGGACUGCCACCUGCUUGCUGUCACUCAUGCGGGUGUGCGUCUCUACUUCAGCACCACACCUUUUGCUCCCAUGCACCAAAAGUACGUUGCGGUUCGACCCAGCCUGCUAGCUCUGGUCCACGUCCGUCUGCCGCCCGGCUUUUCUGCCUCUUCUACACUGCAAAAACCCGCCAAGGUCCAUAAAGCACUACACAGCAAAGGUGUUCUUCUAAUGACUGCUUCUGAGACGGAAGAUAGUGAUAUUCUGUGGUGCAUCAACCACGACUCCUUUCCCUUCAAGAAACCCUUAAUGGAGACACAGAUGAUGUCCAACGUGGACGGACACUCUUGGGCUCUUUGUGCCAUUAAUGAAGAGAGGCCAGCCAAGAUCUUUACUCCUCUUAAUAAGGAACAGAUCCCCAUCACAGAUUCCCCCGUGGUCGUCCAGCAGCACAAUAUUCCUCCGCAGAAGUUUGUCCUUCUCUCCGCAAAGGGGAGUCACAUCUUCCAAAAACUGCGACCAGUCGACCAGCUCCGUCACCUUCUAGUGAGCUGUGCCGGAGGAGAAAGCGAGGAGAUUGAACGGUUCUUCAAGCUGCACAGGGAGGAGCAGGCUUGUGCUACAGCUCUGAUCCUGGCGUGUUCCUCUUCGUCUGCCGACCGAGAGGUUUCGCAGUGGGCCACCAGAGCCUUCUUCAGAUAUGGAGGAGAAGCACAGAUGAGAUUUCCUGCAGCCAUGUCGUCCCCCAGUACAGUUGGACCUGUGAUGAGCUCUCCGGCACCAGGCAUCAUACCCCCAGCGCUAGCCACACCCUUUGCACCGAUGCAUUCUGGAUCUGCCCCCAUCACACCCAUGUCCGCCGGCCCAGAGGUGAUCUUCUCUGGAAAACACAACGGCAUCUGUGUUUACUUUGCUCGCAUUCUUGGAAAUAUUUGGGAUGGGAGCCUCGCUGUAGAGAAAACCAUGAGCAUAGGAAAUCAGACUGUGGGCAUUUUGGAAAGCAGCGUCGGAUCAUUUGAUCUGGAGUCUGUCCUCCUUGAGCUCUUCGGUUUGAAGGAGUUUCUUGAUAAAAACUCUCAGUUCAGUCCGUCGUCUCUUGGUGCUGCGAGCUUUACCUCUCCUGCCAACCUGCAGCAAAGGCUGCUGGGAUUUAUGCGUCCUGAUGGAGCCAGCUCUCAGCAGGUUCAGCAAGAACUCCAGAGGAAAUAUCACACCAAGGCUCAAGUCUAUGAGAAAGUGUCCCUGCAGGGCAUCCAGCAGUUGGUGCAUCGCUCUUAUCAAACUCUGGCCCUCUGGAAGCUUCUCUGUGAUCAUCAGUUCAGCCUCAUUAUGUCUGAGCUGCCAAAGGAUUUUCAGGAACAGAUGAAGGGAGCGAGUUUUAAGGAUGUUGUGAUACGAGGCAAGGAGCUAUCCGGAGCGCUCAUCACAGGACUCAUUAAUGUGUACAUCAAAGAUAACGCCUCCGUGGAUGCUAUCAGCAAUCACAUGCGAGACCUCUGUCCCCUCUUGUACAGCAGCGACGACAGUGUUUGCUCCAAGGCUAAUGAGUUGCUGCAGAGCUCUAAGCAGGUCCAGAAUAAGGUUGAUAAAGAGAGAACCCUGAGAGAGUCUUUACGGCUCUACCAACAGAUCAGUCAGCACACGGACCUCCCACUCGUCUGCUCCCAGUACAGACAAGUGCGUUUCUACGAGGGCAUCCUUGAGUUGUGCCUCACAGCAGCAGACAAGAAGGAUCCGCAGAGGCUCGGGCCCCACUUCUACAAGAACGGAGAGCCCGAGGAGGACAGAGUGGGGCAGCAGGCCUUCCAGGAAAGGCUUUCGUGUUAUAAGUGCAUCACGGACACCAUGCAGGAGCUGGUGAACCAGAGCAAAGCCGCUCCUCAGUCCCCCAGCGUCCCCAAGCAGCCCGGGCCUCCCGUCAUGACCUCCGACCCCAACAUGCUCAGCAACGAAGAAGCCACAGCCCACUUUGAGCAGAUGCUUGGUCUGGCCCAGAGGUCUCAGGAUGAGCUGUUUCACAUUGCUCUGUACAACUGGCUGAUUCAGGCCGACCUGACAGACAAGCUGCUGGAGGUGAAUUCUCCAUACUUGGAAGAACAUCUGAUGCACAUGAUCAAGCAGGACCAGAGCAAGGUCCACAACAUGGACCUCUUGUGGCGCUACUACGAGAAGAAUCGUAACUUUGGCAAAGCAGCUCACGUACUGGCCCGCCUCGCCGACAUGCACAGCACCGAGAUCUCUCUGAAGCAGCGUUUGGAGUACAUCGCCCGAGCCAUCCUGUCCGCUAAGAGCUCAUCCUGCAUCUCGGCUCAGGCCUCCGACGGAGAGUUCCUCCACGAGCUGGAGGAAAAGAUGGAGCUCGUGCGUAUCCAAGUCCAGAUUCAGGAAACGCUGAUCAGACAGUACUCCCAUCAUCCCUCGGUGAAAAACGUCAUCUCUCAGCUGGACUCUGAGCUCAUGGAUAUCACAAAGCUCUACGGAGAGUUUGCUGACCACUUCAAGUUGUCAGAGUGCAAGCUGGCCAUCAUUCACUGCGCAGGACACUCCGAUCCAAUCCUGGUGCACUCGUUGUGGCAGGAGAUCUUGGAGAAAGAACUGGGAGACUCCGUGGCCAUGAGUCCCGUCGACAGGAUGAGGUCUCUCAAUCUCAAACUGGUGUCCCUGGGAAAGAUUUACGCUGGAACUCCAAGAUAUUUCCCACUGGAGUUCCUGGUGAAGUUUCUGGAGCAGGAGGUGUGCCGGCUGAACUGGGACGUGGGCUUUGUGACUUCCACCAUGCAGGAGAUUGGCGUGCAGCUGCCCCGUCUCCUGGAGGUCUACGACCAACUCUUCAAAACCCGGGAUCCCUGCUGGCAGCGGCUGAGGAAACCUCUGCAUCUGGUGGAGUGCAUUCACGUGCUUCUCUGUGGAUACGUGGACGACCCCAGCAGAGUGCCCACCUAUGACAGACGCCGCUUUACGAACGUGUGCCUCGACAACAUCUGCGGAUACCUGGUGGAGCUGCAGUCUCUCAGCCCUAACUCGGCCCUUCAGCAAACCAUCGGCAACUUCAAGUCGCUGCAGGCGAAGCUGGAGAAGCUCCACUGACUUUACUAAUGACGUUGUCCAUCAGGACGGGGGACAAGAGACUUCUGGAUCUGGCGCCGUUGGCCUUAGCUGAUUAAAAGUGUGAUUACGUCAUGAGAAAGCCCAACGCGAGGGCAUCUGUAUUCUGCAGUGCUGUCUUCAGUCAGAGUUGGCACAGGUUUGUUGUAAAGGGACAGAGGGAGCGGAUGAAAGUCGUCUGGUGAACAUUAGGUGGAAUGAGGAGACAGGUUUUUAUAACUUAUUUGAUAGAUUUUGUUAGUGUGAACAUUAUGCUCAAAUUUACCUUGUGUCAAAAAAAAAAAGACAUUUUUAGUUAUUUGCCUUUUGUGCAAAUGGCUGUGGCAAGAUAUUAAAUCACCUGUAUUUCUAAAAACAAAAAAACACGAAAUCAGAGCUUCACUGUCAUGUUUUCAAAUACUGAAAUGCACUUAUUUUGUGGCCAUUUUUGGAAUAUUUUCAUAUGAAUACAGUUUGUAAAUAUGCCUCGCUCCAGCCUUUUCACGACUAAAGAAUGAUUUCUACUCCUGCCUCCAGACAAACAGUUUAGCGUUGUAAUUAUGUACAUUACUUGGCUAGGACGUCCCUUCUUCUGCCAUUCAAACACUUCGAAAUUGAUGCGGUGUCAUGUACAGUGAACCACCGUCUGAACUGGGUUAAAUUUACCGGUGCCGUUGUUGAGUGCGUUUGUGAUUCUUUUGUGAGAUCCUUCAAAAACAAAACCCUUUUUUUAUAUAUAAAGAAAUAAAAAAACUG